AGCCCAGCGGGGCGGGGCGGGCCCGCACGUCCGGGCCGGGCUGCGGCGGAGCGCGCCGGGCCAGCUCUGCAGAAGGCGGCGGCGGGCUCCGCGGGACGCUCCCCUCCCGCCGCAGGCGCAUCCCCCGCCGCACCCGGGACCCGGGCCCGGCUCCGGCCGCGCCGGCACCGCCCCGAGCCCCGCCGACAGGGACCGAGCGCCGGGAGCCCCCGCAGCCCCGCGCCCUGCCCGCGGCUCCAGCCCGCGCCGGGAUGGGGUAGGGGCCGCGCCGCGGAGCCGGCGAUGGGCCGCCCCCUGGGCACCGAGCAGCCCCCCGAGGCCUGACGGACCGCGAGCACGGGCGGAGGAGCCCCGCCUGCAUGUUCAGCGGAUGCCCGAGUGCCUCUCAGCCCGAUCGGUGGGGACCAUGGCCGCGCUCAUGCCCCUGUCCCCCUAUCUCAGCCCCACGGUCCUCCUGCUGGUCAGCUGCGACCUGGGCUUCGUGCGAGCAGACCGGCCUCCUUCCCCCGUGAAUGUGACAGUCACUCACCUCAGAGCCAACUCGGCCACCGUGUCCUGGGACGUCCCAGAAGGCAACAUCGUCAUCGGCUACUCCAUUUCCCAGCAGAGACAGAAUGGCCCCGGCCAGCGUGUCAUCCGGGAGGUGAACACAACCACGCGGGCCUGUGCCCUCUGGGGCCUGGCGGAAGACAGCGACUACACCGUGCAGGUCCGGAGCAUCGGCCUGCGGGGAGAGAGUCCCCCAGGGCCCCGGGUGCACUUCCGGACACUCAAGGGUUCCGACAGGCUUCCCUCCAACAACUCGAGCCCAGGGGACAUCACGGUGGAGGGGCUGGAUGGAGAGCGGCCCCUACAGACGGGGGAGGUGGUUAUCAUCGUGGUGGUGCUUCUCAUGUGGGCUGCUGUCAUUGGGCUCUUCUGCCGCCAGUAUGAUAUCAUCAAGGACAAUGACUCCAACAAUAACCCCAAGGAGAAGGGGAAGGAGCAGAGUCCUCAAGGAAGGCCAGCGGGGACAAGACAGAAAAAGUCACCCUCCAUCAAUACCAUUGACGUCUGAGUGAAGAAGCAGAACCCCAGGAGAGAGGCAGUCCUGGCCUGGCUGGGGGGAUGGGAGGGAACGGGGUAGGGGUGAGGGAGAGCCUCCAGUGGUAAGCUGAUGGAG